AUGUCGAACCGCCUUGGUCUAACCUCGCCAAAGGACUUGACGGAGGACCAAAGAGGCGCUUAUGAACUGUUCAGUGAAUACACCAAGCAGCGAUACGGCUCUUCCCCACAGACUGCCCUCGACGAUGGCACACUGAUCGGGCCGUUUGGAGUCUUGCUGCACCAUCCGCAAGUGGCUGAACAUUUCCACCUCCUCGCGAGGAACUUGCAGAAAAUACCCGGCCUGACCUUGUAUGGGCGAGAAGUUGUGAUUGCGGUGGCUGGCUCACGGUCACAAGCAGCUUUCGAGAACUAUGCUCACGCCAUUAUCGCUCAGCGUGCAGGGAUCUCAGAGGCUGAGCUUCGAGACAUCCACGCCGGCAAGUGUCCGGAGACGCUCACUGAGGAAGGGAAGAUUGCAUUCGAGUUGGCAACUGCUCUUGGACACCCCGGACCACUGGAUCAAGCAAUCUGGGACAAGGCCGUCAAAGUCAUCGGCAAGGAUGGAGCGGCAGCCGCUGUUCAUUACACGGGCUUCUAUAAUUAUGUUGGCACGAUUCUGAAUGGGUUUGAUGUCAAGGUGCCUUGA